AUGUUUUUUUUCACUUGAAAAAGUUUAUUGAGCCUUGUUCAUAUAGACACAAGAAACUCAAGUAGAGCAGAAAAAAAUUAUUUAUUUUUUUGGUGUAUUUAUGCUUGUUUGACUAGAACUCUAUAUAUUUAACUGUUGUAUUAAUUUAUUUUGAUUAACAGCUCUGUAAUAUCCAAUGUGAUCUGUUUAUGACUGCCAUUGGUGUUUGUUGAAAUGUCUGAAUCAGUUCUCUUAGUUUCUUAUGAAUAAGAUAUCAAGCUUUUUGUUCUUUCACUGACUUCUAUUGACAAAGAAGAGUAAUGGGUGUCAUGAAGUUUAUGCUUUUCUUGAUUUUCUUGUUUCAAGAUGUGAUCUUGCUAGCAAUAAGUGAACCCGUUGAGGAUAAGCAAGCUUUGCUUGAUUUUUCUCAAGUUAUUUAUCAUUUUCGUGCUCUUAAUUGGCAUGGAGAUACUUCUGCUUGUAGAAACUGGGAUGGAGUUACUUGUAGUGAGGAUGAGUCUAGAGUUAUAGCUCUCAGGUUGCCUGCAGUUGGGUUUCGAGGUUCAAUUCCUGAGAAUACUCUUAGUCGAUUGUCUGCUCUUGAGGUUUUGAGUUUGAGGUUGAAUUUUUUAUCAGGUCCUUUUCCUUCUGAUAUUGCUAAGCUUGGUAAUUUGACUAGCUUGAAUCUGCAAUCGAAUAAUUUUUCGGGGUCUUUGCCGUUGGAUUUUUCGGUUUGGCCAAAUCUUGUCAUUUUCAAUGUGUCGAAUAAUAGGUUUACUGGUUCUGUACCUAGCUCAAUUUCGAAUUUGACUCACUUAGUAGCAUUAAAUCUUAGUAAUAAUUUUCUUUCUGGUGAAUUACCCGACCUUAUUCUCCCAAGUCUCCGGCUGUUGGAUGUGUCUUACAAUAAUCUUACUGGGAAAGUGCCUGAGUCCCUACGGAAAUUCCCAAGUUCGGCUUUUCUUGGUAAUAAAUUUACCCUUGAAAAUAUUACCAUUCCUCCUUCAUCCGAUCUUCCGCCUAAUGAUCACCAUUCCAAAAAAUCCUCAAAAUUGAGUGGGAUUGCAAUCACAGGAAUAGUAAUUGGGAGUUGUGUUCUGGGGUUCGCAGUGCUUGCCUUGUUUCUUAUUGUUUGUUAUUCCAAUAGAGAAGGUAAAAAUGACGUCUUGGGGCGGUCCCAACCAAAAGAAAAGGCACUGAUGAAAGUAGUUUCUGGAAGCCAGAACAGGAACAGCAGUCUUGUUUUCUUUGAAGGUUGUGUUCUGGCAUUUGAUUUGGAGGAUCUGUUGAGAGCUUCUGCCGAGGUGCUUGGAAAGGGAACAUUUGGGACAACUUAUAAGGCAGCACUAGAGGAUUCGACUACAGUUGUAGUGAAGAGAUUACGAGAAGGGAGUGUUGGAAGACGAGAGUUUGAACAACAGAUGGAAGUAGUUGGAAGUAUUAAGCACGAGAAUGUGGCUGCCCUAAGAGCAUAUUACUACUCCAAAGAUGAAAAGCUUAUGGUCUAUGACUAUUACAGGGAGGGGAGCUUAUCAGCAAUGCUGCACGCAAAUAGAGAUCAAAAGAGAACUCCAUUAGGGUGGGAAGCUCGACUAAGGAUAGCUGUUGGUGCUGCAAGAGGCAUUACUCAUAUCCACACACAGAACAAUGGCAGGCUUGUUCAUGGAAACAUAAAAGCCUCCAAUAUUUUCCUCAACUCCCAGAAACAUGGCUGUAUCUCUGAUCUUGGCCCUGCAACACUGAUGAGUCCAAUGGCCACACCUGUUAUCAAAACAUCAGGAUACAGAGCCCCAGAAGUAACAGACACUCGGAAAGUAUCUCAAGCAUCCGAUGUCUAUAGCUUUGGAGUUCUCUUGCUUGAGCUUUUAACAGGCAAGUCACCUAUACACACAACUAGUAGCGAUGAAGUUAUACACCUGGUUAGAUGGGUUCACUCCGUUGUCCGAGAGGAAUGGACUGCAGAAGUAUUUGAUUUGGAACUUAUGAGAUAUCCAAAUAUAGAGGAAGAGAUGCUGGGAAUGCUGCAAGUAGCAAUGUCAUGCGUGGAAAGAGUACCGGAGCAGAGACCUAAAAUGAUGGACGUAUUAAAGAUGCUGGAAGAUAUUCGAAAGAUCAGUACAGGUCAGCUAUCCUCUGAAAACAAGUCUGAUGAUUCAACACCAACCCUGAUCACGCCUCCAGCUGCUGACAUGGGAACUUCUUAUAUUUAGUUGUAAUAUAAGUUAUAUUCUUGCUGUACUUUGAGUUAGUUCUUAGAAGUAUAUAUGCUUCAUCAUUCUUUAUUUCAAAAGGAAUAGCUACUUAAGGUUUAAUAUUGUUAAUGAUGUGAAGCACUUGAUUUGAUGCAAACUAGGUUAAAAAGUGAGGCUGUUUCCCCCCACCUCAUCGGACGAGUAAACGUCUGAGGUUCAUUCCUAUGAAAGGUUGAAGAAGCUUUAAGUUUUA